AUGGACGCGCUCCGUCCACUCGUUCAGCCGAUCACGCGCAACCUCCCGGCGCCGUUGCGCAACCUCGGCGUCUCCAUCAUCGGCGAGCACUGCUACCAGACGCUGCUUCUGGACGUGCACCUCGACGACGUCGAGUGCCUCAAGCUGGGCAUCAGCAAGGGUCUCGGCAUCGGCAUCAUCGCCGCCUCCUCCGUCGUCAAGGUGCCCCAGAUCCUCAAGCUCGUCCAUUCGCAGUCGGCCGAGGGCAUCUCUUUCCUCGCCUAUCUUCUCGAGACGAGCGCGUACCUCAUCACGCUCGCCUACAACGUCCGCAACGGGUUCCCCUUUAGCACCUUUGGCGAGACGGUCCUCAUCCUCGGCCAGAACGUCAUCAUCUCCGUCCUCGUCCUCAACUACACGGGGAGGUCCAGCGUCGCCGCCGUCCUGCUGGCCGUGCUGUUCGGAAGCGCCGCCGUCCUUUUCUCCCAGAGCUUCCUGGACAUGCGGACGCUGAGCUUCCUGCAGGCCGGCGCCGGCCUCCUCGGCGUCGCGAGCAAGCUGCCCCAGAUCCUAGCCAUCUACCAGCAGGGCGGCACGGGCCAGCUGAGCGCCUUUGCGGUCUUCAACUACCUCGCCGGCUCCCUCUCGCGCAUCUUCACCACCCUCCAGGAGGUCGACGAUAAGCUCAUCCUCUACGGCUUCAUCUCGGGCUUCGUCCUCAACGCCGUCCUCGCCAUGCAGAUGGUCUAUUACUGGAACAUACCCUCCACCCAGGCCCCUGGCAAGGUCCGAGAGUCGGCCGUGCAGGAGAAGGCGAAAGGUUCGGCGACGUCCAUGUCGACGAAGAGCCCGACCACGCGACGCCGCGGUUAA